AUGGAUUCCCGCGAUAACUACAGCUUCGCGAACCAGUCCUCGAUCCCAUCGCCUAUCAAUGAUAUGCUCCCAGCCUUCUUUCGUUCCUGGGACGACCCGCACUCGAACAAUGAAUACUUAAACCUCUUUGCUCCAGAAGGAGAGUUAGUCUUCGGGUCAGCUCCCGCGAAAGGCCGCGAUGCCAUUCGUGCAUUAAGGGACGCCAUGAUUCACCCGACCAACGGCCCCGUUGUGAGCCUAGAGCAUACACUGGGGAAGUGCUUUGUGCUUGCAGGCGGUGCGGAUAGUGGGCGACAGGAGGUAAUUGUUAACGGCUCCAUUUGGUAUAAGUUGAGGAAUGGCCGGAAGGUCGAUGCGGACUUUGCCAGCUGGGUAGUGUUUGGGGACGACGGCCAGGGAGGUUUACAGGCCGAGUUUUAUGAAGUGUAUCUGGACUCAUUGGAACUAAUGACGGCAAUCAAGGAGAUGAAUGAGACUGCCGAGUAA